AUGGCCAGAGGACCCACCGCGAAGGCCGCUUACCAGAGAGCUCUUGAAACAGGAAAGACAUUCGAUAAACGGGCUAAAAUCUUGUUGAUUGGCCAAGACCGCGUUGGCAAAACUAGUGUCGCACGUUCUUUGAAAGGUGAACUAUUUCGACAAGAUGAAUCUAGCACAGUGGGGGUGCAAAUAGACAUGCCUCUGAAACAUGUUGGUGAAAAACCAUGGAAGAAUUCCAAAGAGGAACAAGAAAAAAGUACCUUCCAUCACAAAUGUGCUCUAAAUAUUAGUAAGCUGUUACUAACUGAACCACCAAACCACCAAACCAAAUUUACGUGGACAGCGAAGUUGCGAAGGAAAGAGAGACUUGUGAGACACAGAGAACGGAGGAGGUGAUCAGCGAAAUAGGAUCAAACCAGGGUAUGUACCUCAAUACAAAAUGUUGAUUUGGUUUCUGUGCUGUUGAAAAACUUUCCACCAGCAAAUCACGGAGGUUGCACGUUACAUUACCUUUUACAAGUUGCUACCUAAGACUGGAAGGGGACGUGGUAGGACAUAGUUUGUUAUUGGAGUUCUAACAUUAAAUACCUCGCUGUGACUGAUGAUUUCCAUACAAGUAAUGACGAUUUUUUAAAUGGGUUUUUACGUCGCCAUUUAACCAGUUUUCUCGGCAGGUCCGCAACACAUCUUUGUUGACAGCUUAUCGAGUGAUACCAUCAACAGCUUGAAAUGAAUUUCACUCAUGUAGAUAUGCGUCUAGAGCAUUGUAUGGUUACAUCAUGUUAUUUGUAAAUCAGUAUGCAUGGCUAAGCUCACGACUUUAUCGUAACAAGGAAAACAACAGAACUUUACGGAAUUUUCUUGAGUGUUUCUAUUACUUUACUCGACACGCAAUAUUAGAAUCUUACGUUUUUAAACUUUAAAAACAAGCUGUCAAAGUAACGCAAAAAACAAAAAAGAAAAAAAAAAAGAAAAACAGCAACGACAACUAAAGCAAAAAAGCGAAAUAUUACUGGGUUAAAUGAAGUUAAUCAAAACUAAAUUUUUUUUUUCAGAAUUCUUCAAUGAGGUUGAACCGAAGAGCUUGCCAAAGGUUUUCAACGCAUUUUAUUGUUUAUUUAUAUUUAAAGGUGAUAUUAAAGUAAUUUAUUUAUGGCCAACUUCCAUUCCAAAUUUGCAAAUUGAAUUGACUGGUAUCUAUUUUGGGUUCGAUUCAGGACAUAAAGCAAGAUCAUGACAUAGAACCGAGGACUCAGGUGAAAUCGGAUGCAAUUUCUCCGAUAAGAGAAGAGGACAACGUGCAUAAUGAGAAGCGAAACAGUGACAUGCCUGAUGAAGUGGUGCGACUUACAGCUGAAAACCUCUCGAGGAAAGAGUCCGUGAAGGAUGACGGCAUUUGGCCAGUUUGCAUGGAUUUUGGUGGUCAAGCCAUUUACCGUGCCAUUCAUCCUAUUCUCGUUUCGCGUGAAGCAGUUUAUCUGCUGGUGGUGGAUCUUACCAAGGAUCUUUCUGCCCUAGCCCAAUGUUUCGUGAAAGAGCCUGGUUACGACGAAGUUAAAAUUCCGUCUCCUGACAAGAAUGACACAAACCUAGAUCACAUUAUGAGGUGGAUGGACAUGGUGAAUUCCUUCAAACACGAAAAGAAUGGCGAAGUAUUACCACCUGUCAUUUUGGUUGGAACACAUGCCGACCAUGUGCAAGGAGACCCCGGAAUCGUGAUUACGAGUGUAAAGGACAUCAUUUGUGACACAGUAAGAGAGUUCAGUGAACACAUAAUCGGAAAAACAUUUGCAGUGAACAACACUCUUGCUGGUAAUAAACCAGAGGAAGAAGAUCUCCAAGUUGUUGCCUUACGGAAAGAGAUUCUGAAGGUUGCAGAUACCAUGCCACAUACAAAAGUUGAGGUUCCUUUGAAGUGGCUCCAAGUGGAAAAUGAAGUUCGUAAGCUAGCAAGCGCGGGGAAAAAUUAUGUCACAAGGCAAGACUUCCGAAAGAAUAUCUGUGACCAAAUUUGCAAAUUUGAGGUCGAAGGUGACUAUGAAGUACUUUUACACUUUUUGCACGAUCGUGGCACAGUGGUUUAUCAUGGUAGAGCGGACGAUCCACUAAGUCUGGUUGUUUUGAAUCCAAGGUGGUUGAUUGAUGUUUUGUGUCAGAUAAUAACGGUUGAAAAACAAGAAGAAGAGAAAACUGUCAUUUCAAAUCUCCGCAAAGAUCUUGGCAAGAACGGCAUUCUUGAUGCUAAACUGCUUGAUUACUCUUGCACAAAACUGGGCGUUGGCGACAUCAAGGAGUCUUUACUUUUCCUCAUGAAGAAGUUCAACCUUCUUUGUGAAUAUACGGGAAAAGAUGGCAGUUCCGUGUAUCUUGUUCCGUGUAUGCUGACCUCCACACCUGACGAUGCAUUUAUGCCGGACGUUUCUGUUAAUCCAGGCCCUGCACCAGUUUAUAUCACAUUCACCACUCAGUACGUCCCUGGUGGUCUAUUUUCAAGAAUGGUUGUCCUUUUCUUCGAAUCUGUACAAAGACGAAUUGCGUGUGAUCAGGCAAAGCUGUGGGCUAACUCAGCUCGUUUCUAUUUGGGAGAUCAGACUGCAGUUGAUUUUGUUUGCUACAAGCGUGUGAUCAAAGUACACGUAUGGAAUUUCACCGAUCUAAGUAUGGACCCUGUCAAGACCGAGCCAAAAGUUUGCUCAGAGGUCUUAAGGUAGGUGCACGUAAGUUAGUCAUUCUAUUAUAGGGUGGUAACUUUUACAUGAAUUAUCAGUUCGUGUAAUCGGAAGUGGUUUUUGAUGCGAUGUGAAUUGAUCCGACAAGUUUGGUUUGCUCAUAACAUCGUUAACCCUUUGAUAGUGUAAUGGAUGUCAUAGUCAAGAUGUUGUUUCAAAGGAGGCUACGGUUUACUUCAUUUCUCUCAGGUGAACAUUGUGUACAUUACGAACUUUCCGGACAUUAACGUAUGCACGUCAAAGAUUUGUAAGAAAAGAUAUCAACCUCUUUGACAAAAAUCUCUCCCUCUCUUUUAGCUUUUUGAAGACAAGUUUGGAGAGGUUGCACGAGGAGUGUCAUUGGCUGCAAAAAGUAUCAUGGGAUCUCUGCGCUAGAUGCGAUUUGUGUCUACGCCAGUUUAUUCAUGGAACCGGAAAGUGUUAUUGGCAUGCGGAAGUAGAAUGUUGCCACGAUGAUUGUGCGCAUUAUGUUUCCUUGACAAGGAAGCCUUUCGUUUGCACGCGUACACAGGGUCCAAAGUUUUGUCCGCCCAAGACUUGGAGUCAGGUAAAGCCAGUUCAAGUUCCUUGCGAUCAGGUUUUCGUUGUAUUUAACCUGCGAAGGGGAUUCGAAUUAGGUUUGGUCAGACCUUGAUAUGCCACUGAGCGGCCUAAAGAUGAUAACAUUCAAAACGUCGAAGAAAUACGUUCCUUUUGUCUCCUAUUUGACGUUCCAGUUGAUCUCAGGACUCUCAGGACUUUGCCCGAAAGCAUUUUUGUCCCUAUAGUUGCCAGAUUUCCCCUUUGUAUGAUUAUUUGGAGAAUACUAACACUAUGAGUAAUUUAUUUGACUUCAGGUCUUGGACGAUGCCAAUGGUGAAAACCACAGUGGCAAGUCUUUACAAAGCUUUCCUCAGACUAAGGGUAACUAAUUAUAACUAAUUUUACUUGAAACGUGCGCAAAGUUUGAUUAAACUUUUUCUUAGUUGUCCCACGUUUGUCACAAAAACUCAACAUUUUCUGACCAAGAAGAACAAUUUAUGUUUUCAUUGCCCCUGUCGUCAUUAGGACAAGCCAACGAAGUAAUUUGAUACCUUAUGGCCGACAAUGUUAAAUUGAACGCAACUAAACAAGCUCAUUUUCCCGUAAAAUAAAAUAAUAUCUGGACUAAAAAUGAAAUUAUAGCCUUGAGUGUUUUUCAAAACUCGUUAACUCCGUGAGCCACGUAUGUUUGCCUUUACCAGGCUCUCAAUCAGUGGGGAGGAGUGAAAGAGCUGGCGAGCGAAAAACAGGUUGCGUGACCCUUACUCUUUUUGAGUGCCUGCUUUUUUUUCCCUCGUUGCCGUUAACCGAGAGACUUGCUAAGUAAUGUUGAAGAAUGAAACAGAAUUGAUGGUUUCUUUGUAUUCCUCAGCGGUCUCUUCUUUGGCGCAAUGCAGUUCUGUUCAUUUCGGAAAGCGAGUACUACCGUACCAGACUGCGCAAUCAAUGGUUCCUGCUAAGAUUGCUCGCACAGGUAACAAAUGUCACUUUUUAAGGUCGCGAUGUUACAAGUUAUACACAAUGUAAAAUUCAAAUGUCGAAAACAUCGUAAUUGGUUUAGGUACUUAAGAGACUGAGUUCAAGCCGAAGAUCUCCGAAUCAUUGCCUACUCUCGAGCACUCUUGCUAUCAGGUCAAAUUUAUUCAAAUGUCCAACCUCGAAUGAGCGCCCCAACUUCUACCCCCCUAAUAUUUUAAGAAGCCCCUCCCUUCCUACCCCCCCUUACUUAAAGAGUUAUUUUGUCUCCAUAGCUUUGAUUUCUUUCCAUUGUUUCCUCGUUUAACCAAGAUUCAACGCGGUCAAGUUUGAAUCCAAUCAUACACCUUUUAUUUGCAGAUUUUGAUAGACCAGAGACAAACCAAGGAGGGGAGACGUUCAUUCCCGAGGAAGUGUUUCUCGCAGGUAUGUUAAAUAUACUUUAAUCAAAUUCUGGUUUUUUCAUUCUUCUACUGCGCUCUUUUUAUGACAUUUCUUUCAAUACUCGUAGGAAAAAAAUUGAAAGAAGGCAUUCUAUGUAAUGAUGAUCACCAGGGACUGUCGAACUCCAUCUCAAAAGGCUGGAGGAAGCUUGGACGCCUGCUGGGUAUUCGCGAGGAAGACCUUGAUGACAUCGAUGAAAGAGGACGUGAUUUUUGUGAGAGGGCCUAUCAAAUGUUACGUUUGUGGAAGGAAAAAAACGCUUCGAAUGCUACGUAUCGUUUUCUGUGCCAGGCAUUGUGCCACGAGUAUUUAAAUCGAAGAGACUUAGCUGAGAACUUUUGCUUUUGCAAAGAAUACUAUCCUCGGUAUGGGAAUAACUGAUAAUGAGGAAAUGGACUUCUUUUUAACUAGCGGAAGUUAUGUUUAUCACUUAGUGUCUGUAAUAAAGGGCUUUUGUUGACUUUUCCAUAGUAAGCUGAAAUAUACACUCGUUUUGAUUGCUUUUUACUUUUGAUCCAUUGGAGGAUUGAUGACGAAAAAGAUGACGUCAUCAUUAUGUUAUUAUGGUAUUUUAUUAUUGUAUGAUGUAUAUAUAUUCCAUGUUACAGUGGGUCUGUACAGUAAAAGAUCAAAGAAGACGUCAAUAUGUGGUAAGAACAUCAGUGACAAAUUCAGCUUCCACAUUAUGACGUCAUCUGUCAUCUGUGACUGAACCGACGCACGGGGAGUGAUAAUAAAUGAUAACGGGAAAGUAGAAUAAUUUUAAAAAAUCCUUUCACGAAAAAAGAGACUAGAGUCCAAACUCCGUAGAAAAUAUGUGUUAAACUUGUUAAAUGAACCAUAACAUUUGGCUAAAAUAGAAACUUCUUAAAUUUUUCAAGCAAAGGGGAAGAGAUUUACGCGAACGAAAGAUCACAAACCACUAAAACUCUGCUUAAACAAACUAAAAGUUCGCGAAAAAUGUCCACGUCUGUUUUCCAAUAUCAAGGUUAGAGUUCUUGGACGUGAUUGGCUAAUUUGUGAAAUCACGCGCUCAGCGCGUGAAUACAAAAAGAAUACCAAGGGGGACGAGGAAGAGAAAAUUGUUACUUGAAAUUUAACAAAGGAAGAGAUUUUCUUCAAUUUUACAGAUAUUUUUCCAUCUAUUUUCAGCCCAAAACUUUUCAGUAUCAUUUGCCCAAUUUAAUUUUUGAGCUUAGAAUGUGGCAAUGAAAGGAGUAACAUUUAAAAAUAGAUUUUGUCUAG